AUGGUUCGUCUGACUCGGACGAUCACUUUGAACAUUUUCACCGGCGCAGGGUGCAACGGCAGGUGGGACGAGCCCAACUGGUGUCAUUUUUUCACCCAGACCCUCACGGGUCUAGCGAGGGCUUGGUUCGAUUCUUUGCCAGUGGGAUCACUAGCCUCAUUUGAGGACUUGCAAGCAAAGUUCCUCGCACAUUUUAGCCAGCAGCGACGUCACAAACGUGAUUCUAUGGAUGUCAUGAACAUCUGGCGCGGAGACAACAAAUCUCUCGAGUCGUUUGUCAUCCGUUACAACAAAGAGUGCCUAGAGAUAGGCGGCGUUGUAGACCAAAUGGCACGCAACCAUUUCAUUCGAGCCGUCAAGGAUGAAGAAAUGGUUAUGACCAUCUCCGGAAAGGAAGGCUUGCCAAAGAAAUGGGAAGACGUUAUGGCUGCGGUCAAGACGUACGCCCAGACUCAGCGGUCCCUCAAGUCGCCUGUCACAAAGGCACAACCACAAGCGGAACGCCAGUCCUCCCGCUAG